UUUCAUUUCAGCCAAAACCAGCACAAGUUACGAUGGAGGGAACUCAAACUGAGAUGGCUAAGUCAUCAUCGUCAUCCUCGUCCUCAUCGUCGUCAUCAUCUGAAGCUGGGAUGGAAAUUUCAGUUAUUACUGGGGAGAUGUCAACACAAACAGCGGAUUUUCCUAAUAAAAAGAAGAAACGCAAAGUGCCUAGAUCACAAAAAUACAAACCAUCACCAUCAUCAACAAUUGAACGCGAAUCGAGCAUGAGAUCCAGUUCGAUGCCAUCUUCUGAAUCUGAGAAAGAAAUAGUUCAACGAUAUGCUUCCCAAGCACAAGGACAACCGAGAUAUGGACCCAGACCAUGGAGCCCAUCUUCGCGAACAGAGGGUGAUGCGUCACCAAUUUCUGCCACAUCAACUCAGACAUUGGUUGCUCCAACAACCAAAACACCACAAAAGAAGAAACCAAAAGUAAUACGUGGUCCACAAGAUCCGAUGGUAAUGGGAAUGGCUGAUGCGGAAACCCAAACCUUGAAAUUGGAAUCAACAACGUCAUCCGAUUCAUCGUCAUCUGAAGAUAAACAACCAGUUGAACCAAAAGUAAUUGAUUUGUAUGAGAAAGGAAUACAGAAAUCGGCUUCUUCAUCGUUGUCUGAAUCAGAUGAAGGAAGGCGAAGAAUCCGUGUACGAACCCAGCGCGACAUUGCCGUGAAACUCAUUGAUCAGCAUUUAGUUGCCACUGGAACUGACACGGACGAAAAAGACAUCAAAAUGGUGACGUCUGAAGCACAUCUCGAACGCAAACAAGAUCUAAAACCUAUUUCACUUGACAUCGCACCGGAAGAUCAUUACAAGACAGAAACUGCAGUCGAUUUGCCUCCUCCUCCAAAGAAGGUUAUAUUUACAACAUCAUGGGGAAAAACGGUCGAUCUCAUAACUUUACAUGAUGCCGGGAUCAUCGAUUCAAACACGAAGAUGAAACUAGAAUCAGGACAGAUGGAGCCAACUGAUGAAAUUGUUGUGCAACUUAUAACCCCAUAUAUUACAAGCAAUAGACCUAUUGGCGGAAUUCUUUUAGUUGAAAGCGGUACGAAGAUCUCGAUUAUUGAAGCAGCGAAAAGAGGUCUACUUCGCCGUAGUACAGCAAUUGGAUUAUUAGAGGCACAGGCAGCAACUGGUAAUAUUGUUGAUCCUUACACUGGUAAAACCAUGACAGUGGCGGAGGCAUACAAAGAAGGAUUUAUUGACAGUGGAUACGAAGCAACAUUAGCCAGAGCAGAGCGAGCUGUUCACGGUUACACAACAAGAACUAGUGAUGAAGUAUAUUCCGUCUUUGAAGCAAUGGAUAAGAGAAUUAUUACUCAAAGCCAAGGAAUUCGACUAUUAGAAGCGCAGUUGGCCACAGGAGGUAUUAUUGAUCCUAAAGCAAAUCACAGGCUGCCUCUUGAAGCUGCAUAUAGAAGAAGGUUGUUGAAUCAGCAUACUCUAAAUGUGCUCUACGAUAAGAGUGACGACAGUAAGAGCUUCGUUGACCCUAACACACAAAAGAAUAUGUCGUACCAAGAGAUUGUGUCUCUUUGUGUAACUGAUGUUGAAACAGGAGUGCUUUUGUUCCCGCUCGAAUCUCAAGAACGCGGUCGCGGACCUAAGACUUCUGUAAGCGUACGUUCAUCCACAAGCCUUGACGUCAUAUCGCCUUCCCGUUCCAAAUCCAGAGAGAGAAAAGAGGAAUUUUCUCUUCCGAGAACAUCAGCAUCCGAAUCGUCCUCAGACGAGAGAAGAAUACGAAAAAAGACAACGAGAGAAAUUGAAACAUCUUCCGCGAGAAUUGAAUUGGUUAAAACACCAGUUAUGUCAGGUGAUGAUGACGAUUCGUUUCCAAUAAAAAGAUCCCAAAUUCAAAAGAAACCGAAUUCUUCUGAUGAAGAACGGCAACGUAAGAUCCGCUCGGAAAUGACAAGGAUGAUUGAAAAGGAUGUUGAUAUAGAAACGAGAGAAAUUUCUACGAAGAGUGUCGUGCUCGAGAGCUCUCAACAAUUUUCUCCUGUUGAAUUUGAUGUAAAAGUAGAAGAGUCCGAUACCAAGAAGCCCGGUUCAAGUAGCAGCAGUGCCGAAGAUGAAAAAAUGGAUGUACAAACAACGAAAGAUGUAAUUGUAGAAGAAUCAAAAGAUUCUUUGUCUAGUAUGUCUACUACAACUACAAUAAUAACAACGACGGAAACUUUCAAGAGCAAAUUACAGAGAAAAAGGUCUAGUAAAGACAUAAAAUUCAAAUCGGGAUGGAAUAGACAGGCAACUCUACAAGACUUGUUUGCAUCUGGAGUUGUUUCUCAAGAAACUGUCAAAGAGCUUGAAGAAGGUACAAUUGAGGAGAAAGACGUAGAAGCGAAGCUUCAGCAAUAUUUGGUCGGAGCUGAACCAAUAUCUGGUAUUUUGUUGUCAGAUAGUGGCGAAAAGAUUUCAAUUUAUGCUGCUUGGAGGAAAGGAUUCAUAAGACGGGGGACAUCUAUUAGCCUGUUGGAAGCACAGGCAGCAACUGGAAGAAUUUUAGAUCCACAAACUGGAGCAAGAUAUUCCGUACAGGAAGCAUCCAAGCACGGAUUAAUUGACAGACAAUUUGAAGCGGUGCUAACAAGAGCGGAGAGAGCAGUGUAUGGCUUCACUACACGUCUGAGCUCUCAAGUUUUCUCUUUAUUCGAAGCGAUGAAGAGAGGACUCGUCGUUGAAAAACACGGAAUUCGACUUCUAGAAGCCCAGAUAGCAACGGGAGGAAUCAUCGAUCCCAAUGCAAACCAUCGUUUGCCAGUAGAUGUCGCAUACGAGCGAGGUUUGUUCGAUCAAAGAAUGAAUGAGAUUCUGGAGGAUCCUGGUGAUGACACAAGAGGAUUCUUUGAUCCUAAUACCGAAGAAAAUCUCACCUACUUGGAACUGAUGGAAAGAUGUGUUAUAGACUCUGAUACCGGUAUGAGAUUGUUACCACUACGGUCGCAUCGGGCUGUCAGUUCCGCAAAGAGGUCAAAGGUAAUGUUCCAAUCACGAACAGGGCGCCAGGUCACAUUGCACGAUUUAGUAUUGGCAAGGAGGGUGGAUGAGUCCACUGCAAAACGAGUAGAAGAAGGGAAGGUAUCACAAGGAGAGAUAGAUAAUAUGGUUGCCAAAUUAAGAGUUUUUGUAGAUGGAACGAUGCCCAUAGCUGGAGUGAUCAAUACAGAUACUGGUGAGCGAUUCAGUAUUUACGAAGCUGCCAAAUCUGGUUUGAUCAGACGAGGAACAGCGUUUGAACUAUUGGAAGCUCAAGCAUGCUGUGCUAAAAUCAUAGAUGUACAAACUGGAAAAGUAAUUACGAUAGAAACAGCAAUUAGAUCGGGAAUCAUCGACAGGGAAUUUAAAGAUGUCGUAGAACGAGCUCACCGUGCUGUUACCGGCUACAGAGAGCCAUUCAAACGAGAACUUCUAUCUUUGUGUGAAGCUAUGAAUCGCCAUAUUGUGGUUCGAAGACAUGGAAUAAGAUUGCUUGAGGCUCAAAUCGCAACAGGAGGUAUUUUUGACAUCAAGAGCCCUGUACGCAUAACACCAGAAGUUGCAUUGAAGCGAGCAUUGGUUGAUGCUAAACUUGCAGAAGAUCUUGAAAAUAAAACAACACAAAGCUAUUUCGAUCCUGUAACUGGAGAAAAUUUGAAUUAUUCUGAAUUGAUGGGAAGAUGCGUCACCGAUAAAGACACCGGUCUUUUAUACUUGAUGGUUGAAGGGGGCACAGUAACGGGAUAUGUUCGUCCUUUUGAGCCAGAACAUGCCAGUAAAAUCAGAUCGCAGUCCGAAAACCCAGCAAGAAUAACUACAGAGGAAGUGACAACUACGAGAAGUGUCAGUGCUUCAAGAACUUCUACAGAUGUUUCUACUGAGAGUAAAUCUGAAUCAUCAACAAGAAAAACUAAGAAAUCAAAGAGCACCAAAGAUAGCAGAAUGUCAACAUCGUCAAUGGACUCUGGAGGAAGUUCUCCUUCGUCACCAUCCAUCUUAAGUCGGAAAGUGAUCAUCGUUGAUCCCGAUACUAAUGAAGAAAUCGACAUCAACGAGGCGUUAAAAAGAAAGCUAAUUGACAAAGCUACCGCGCGUCAACUUUUGGCACAACAAGGCGACUACGAAGAAGCUGUUUAACUGGUGUCCUUCAACUAAGGGUGGAUUCACAUUAAAAUUUCUCCUUGCCUGGAAGUGCCGACGUUAUUGUUGAUACGCGUUCUUAACCUACAUAUUUUAAUCUUAUUAUUUUAAAUUUAAUUUUUAAUUGAAAUUAUCUAGAAUACUGGUACCUGGUAUCUGGUAAUACUGGCUAAUUAAUUAUAUACCAAGCAUGAUUCGAAAUUCAUUGACAAAGUUUGUUUAUACAACAUAUUUCAGUGCAGAAUUUUCAAAGGAUAUCAAUAAAAAACGUUUUAUCAGAAUUAUUUACCUAUUGUCUUCGGUGGAUAAAAUCUUCUUGUACGCGAAUAACUAACUUUGCACAUUUUGUCGUGUCGUAUUGGUAAAUAAGUUCAAAAUAAGCUGGUAUAGUUGUCUAAUGUCGAUAUUGAUAAUUCUUCUUAUACAUGCUUGAAAUACAGCAGUCGCUUCUGUAUGAUAUUAAUCAGCUUUUUGCAGAGGAACUAAUUACGGCUGCCACUAUCUAUGAUCUACAUGAUUUGUACCCACAAAGCAAUUUACCUGUAUCAACAAUAGUAAUGCAUUCUUUUCUCUGUUUUCAUUUGAAAUCCACUAUCAUUUAAUAUACUUGAUCCGUAACCAAUAUUAAACCUAAUUCUUUUACAUUUAGUCGACCUCCCACUUGCAUAUACUUACAACCAUUUUAAUUAAAUAAGAUUAAGUCGCGAGAACUCUAGAAGCAGUCUCCCCCUUCAGUAAAACGACUAAUCUUUUCAAAGAGGGCAAAUAACGAGAAGCUAGGUCGGGUUCAAGAAUGAAGCGUGACCCCGAGCGUGCUGGAUGUAUGGAGGGGGACUUGGGAAUAUAGCUUCCUGUAGAUUAACAUAUAAGUCAAUCACAAUUUUUAAAUGUUCCACACGUCUACUAUUAACUACUACUGUUCUUUCACAGUAGUAUUAUAUUAUAUAUAUGCUAUAUAACUGCUGUACUCUUUUGUCAACUUUUCAAAUCACUGAAGCAUGUGUUUCAUGGAAUAAACCAGUGUA